ACGUGUUUAUAUGGGUUUUUGUUGGGCUAGUGACCCAAUUCAAUUCAAUUCAAAUGGCCUUUCUCUUUUCUUUUCAGCUGGUUUGAUCUUAUCGCAUACCUCAACAAAGCUUUUUUACUUCUCACAAACGCAGAGGCGCUGUUUGUUUGCUGGGAAAGAGAGAAAAUCCGAAGACCUUUUUUUUUUUAAAUAAAAUAAAAAUUCUUUAUAAAAGAAUACAACCAAAAGUUACCAAGGAUAAACUUAAAAGUGGAUCUAUUGCAUUGUUGUAUCAAAUGGAGGAGCAAUCAUUUCUUGAUAAAAUGAUCAAUCAUUUACGUGCCUCAUGCAAGUAUUAUACUGGAUAUCCUAAAGAUAUUGGAUCAUCGCGAGUUAUUCAUUUUACAUCAGAGCGCGAGUUUGUCCAACUUCUUCACGAAGGCCACCCUGUAGCUGUUGCUUUUACCAUCAGAGGUAAUUACACCAAGCAUCUUGACCGAGUACUAGAGGAAGCUGCUGCUGAGUUUUAUCCACAUGUAAAAUUUGUCCGUGUUGAAUGUCCAAAAUAUCCUGGUUUUUGCAUGACACGGCAGAGGAAGGAAUAUCCGUUUAUUGAAAUAUUCCACAGCCCUGAACACGCAGGUAAUCAAGGAAAGGUUAUUGAUCCUGGCAUCACAAAAUACUCAGUAAAAGUUCUACCUUUCAACUAUGACCUCAGUGCCUAUGGAUUCAGAGAAUUUUUUAAGCGCCACAAGAUACAAUCAUCAGAGCCAAAAUAAUUGCUUGGUUGGGAAGUGUUUGGAUUGCUAUGAAUGAUUAGCAAUGCAACUGAUCCAAGUUGAGGUGAUAAAGAGUGAACUAGUUAACUAGUUGUCCAGCUAGCUCAGCCUUUGGCCAUCCUCCUAAAAUACUAUCAGGGCAACCUCCACGUUCAUAUUGAUAUUGCUUUCAACAUGAACGCUCCUUCAUAGUCUGAGACUAGAGGAAAAUCCUGAACUGGUAGCACCAGACUUUGAUCUUGUGAGAUGAUAGAAAACAGAUUUACUGUUAAGAAAUUUUUUUAUUAUUUAUUUUCAGUUCACCAACUGUUAGAUGUGUAACAUAUCAGUUAAUUAAAACAAAGAUGAUAUAUGUCAAGCUUUCAUUGUUGAAAUAUAAAAUAUAGCUUAAAUUCUUCUCUCCUUUUA